GAUAAUUUUCGUAUUUCGUGUCCCGCAUCGCUUGCAAGUGGCUGAAAGUUGGAGUUUUUUCACGGAAUCCUCGCUGGAUGGCUCAUUUUUGACUGGCGGAGCAUUGUUUGAGCAAUUUCUGAAAAUGACGACAAAUCCGAUUUCAAGUGUGGCUAAAAUUGAAAAUGCGCCUGAAAAUCCGAUGAAAUUUUUCAAGGAGUACUUGGAAGAAGCUGAAAUGUACCAAAAUGACACUUUUUUGUUGUUCAAUCUUGCAACUGGAAACUCGAAAGGCGAAGUUUUGAAUCGAACAGUUGUCCUUCGAGGUCACGAUGAUGACGGAAUAAUUUUUGUAACGGAACGAAAUAGUCGAAAAUAUCUUGAUAUUCAAGAAAAUCCUCAAGUUUCCGCAACUUUUCUCUGGUGCUAUCGAAAAACCGCCGAUUCUGAAUUAAUUAAGCAUCAAGUUCGCAUUUUAGGGACCGCAAAAGAGCUCAGUGCUGAAAAAAUUAAAGAAUUUUACGAUAAUGAGCCUCUUGCAUACAAAAUUCGUUCAGCAAUUUGUCGCUGUGGAGAGCCCGUGAACUGGGAUGAGCUGAAAAAGAGUCACGAUGACUUGAUGCAACGAGUUUUAGAGGGUAGCGAAACGUUACCGCAGAACGAAUCAUACACUGUAAUUCAUGUUAAAGCCACAAAUGUUGACUUUUAUCACUCCCAAGGACCGAAUCAGAUGGCAGAUCGUGUCGUUUAUCGUCUUGAAGGCAACAAAUGGAGACAAGAACACGUUUUUGCUUAAGUUUUUAAGUCAAAAGUAGUCAGUAUUGAGUAGAUUUGUUGAAAAAAUCCGUUAACGACCCCUGAAAACUAGAAGCACGUUUAGUUUUUGUUUGUAUUUACUCCAAAUUCGCAGUAAAAAUGGAAAAUUAUUUAAAAAUUUUGGCUUUUACGACACUUUUCCUUCAAAAAAGUGUCUUUGCUGAUACGGUUCCAGUAUUUAUUUUUGGAAAAACAUUACCGAAGGUUCCAGCUCUUGUUGAUAUCGAUUCAAGUCGAUUUUUGUCACUUAUUCGUCCGGAAAUUAAUAAAAACUUGAUAGUAGUGAUAGUUUCUCCAACAUUGAAGAUUGAAGACAUCACGAAAUGCCGAGGAGAGGAUUGCCUUUAUAAAUUUUCUGAAAAUUUUUCGUAUUUACCGCGUGUAAAAACCCCAAAUAAGGCAUUUGUGGAAGCAGUUAACACCACUUUUGAUGAUAUUUUUGAGAAAAUCAACCAAGGAGAAAGAUUUUUAGUCGUAAAUUCGAUAGAAAAUCCACAAAAACUGCUUCCGUCGUUAUAUAAAACUAUUUCAAAAGCUCAUCCGGAUGUCAUUUUAAUCUUCACUGGCCAAAAAUCAAGUCAUCACAUCGAAAAACGCUCAAUUGAUCAUGCUCCACUCGAAAGUCGUUACGUUCGAAUCGCUGCCCAGGGAAUUUCCGAACGUUCUGGACAAGGAUCCGAAAGUGUCACCGAUAUCCAAAGCAUUGCAACGAAAAUUAAUGGAUCUUCUCUCUUUGCGACGCUGUUUCCGUUGAAUUUUACGCUGAAAUUCAUCUUGCAAGGCAACGUUUGGUCCCUAAAAUCCGCUUCCAAAGGAGAUUUUUCAUACAAAAUUCCCAAAUACGUGACAGCAAUCGACUCUUACUCCUACAGAUGUGAGGAAAAUUUAACAUUUCAUCACGGAUUUGACGUCAUUAAGAUCAUGAAUAGCCAAAUUUUGGUGAGUUUCAUUGAGGAUCAUCCGAAAUUCGAUUUGAAAAAAGUUUUUUACUGCGAUUCUUAUACGUCGCCGGGAAUAUUAGCGGGACUAACGGUGGCAGCAAUACUUCUUG